AUGGAAAAUGUACCAUAUGCUGAAGCAAUUGGUAGUGUCAUGUAUGCCAUGAUUAGCACCAAACCAGAUCUUGCUUUUGGAGUAAGUGUUUUGAGCAGAUACAUGUCCAAUCUAGGUGAGGAACACUGGAAAGGACUCAAAUGGUUGUUGAGAUACAUAAAAACAACUUUAACACAUGGUUUAAAGUUCAAGAAGACAGGGUCUAAAGUGGAACUUGAAGGAUAUGUAGACUCAGAGUAUGCAUUAAACAAAGACACCAGAAAGUCUAUAACAAGCUAUUGUUUUCAAUUGAAUACAUGUUGCAUUAGUUGGAAAUCUCAGUCUCAAUCAAUGGUAACCUUAUCAACAACAGAAGCAGAGUUCAUGGCAACAACUGAAGCAUUCAAGGAAGCUUUCUGGAUCAAAGGAAUUCUGAAGGAACUGAGUUUGAUGAAAGGCAAGGCAACUGUGUAUUCAGAUAGUCAAUGUGCAAUACACUUGAGCAAAAACCCUGUCUACCAUGAAAGAUCGAAACAUAUUGACAUAAGAAUGUUUUGGAUCAGAGACAAGAUAGAAGAAGGAGAAAUAGAGCUUGAAAAGGUACCCAGUGAAGAGAAUCCUGCUGAUGCAGGGACCAAAGCUCUCUCCAUAAGCAGAUUCAAACACUAUUUGGAACUGCUUAACAUUGGACCAGGUUGA